AUCUCAUCCAAAUACAAACAUGAGAUCAUUCCAGGAUCUCCUUCUAUCUACCGGCUGAUUCCAGAAAAAAAGGAAAUUGGAAAUAUGAGCAGACUAACUAUCGGUGAAAGAGAUCCAACAAAGAAAAACAAAACCAUCUUGCUUGUUGGUGAAACAGGCACAGGAAAAUCCGCUCUGAUCAACGCUCUGGUUAACUUCGCCAUGGGAGUGAAGUACGAGGACGAUGGCUUUGUUCAGAUGGUACAGGAAGAGAAGAAGAGUCAAUCGGAAAGUCAGACGUCAGACGUGAUCGUGUACGAGGUCUUUGGUCUUGAAGACAGAACUCUGCCCUUCUCUCUGACCAUCAUCGAUACUCCCGGGUUUGGUGACACCAGAGGGAAUGAGAGAGAUGUCCUCAUCAGCGAAAGAUUGUUGGACUUGUUCUGCUCAACAGAUGGAGUUCAUGAGAUCGAUGCAGUGUGUCUGGUGCUGAAAACGAGUGACAAUCGACUGAGUGACCGACUGAUGUACGUCUUUGAAUCAAUGAUGUCCCUGUUUGGAAAAGACAUAGAGAAGAACAUCGUUGCCCUCGUCACACACUCAAACUUUGUGACACCUGAAAAUGUUCUACAAGCUCUGAAAGAUGCGCAAAUCAGGUGUGCCAAAGACGAGGAGGGUCAGCCUGUUUAUUUCAUGUUUGAUAACAAGCAGAAAACAGAGAGAAAUAAGAGAAAUGAGCGUGCUCUAAAGAAUGCAUGGGAAUCAACAGAAGAUGAAAUCUGUAACUUUGCAGAUUUCCUGAAAAAAACCAAACCACAGAACCUGAAAGGAACUGUUGAAGUGUUGAAUAGACGCAUCAGACUGGCAGCCUGCAUCCACAACCUGCAGGAGAGAGUUCAGUUCAUUGAACUGAAACAAAGAGAGAUCAAACAGACUCAGGAAGCUCUGAAGAAACACGAACAAGACAUGAAGAAUAACGAGGACUUCAAGGUAGAAGUUGAUGAAGUCUAUAAAGGUAAAGAACCUGUCGAAUGUAGGAAGAUAUGGUGGUGUUUGUGGUUAAACAAUACAGGAACUACCAGCUGUGACGACUGUAAGGAGACUUGUCACGAUCAAUGCGAAGUGGCCCCAGAUCCAAGUUACUGUGAGGUCAUGGAAAAGAAAUGCACAAUAUGCAACAAAGAGUGUAGUGUAUCAGGCCAUAAGAAUGAGCUCUACUGCACGGUGUGUACUGGGAAGUGUAAUGUAACCAAACACGUGAAAACAGAACAAUGCACUGAAUGUGAGGAUAAGUGCAGGGAUCCAAAUCAUCUGAAAACACCGUGGAGAUAUGUGAGCAAGACAAGGAGAGUUACUAGGACCAUACAGCAGAUGAAAGCCAUGUAUGAGAAGGGUAAAGAAGACAGUGAGGAGUCAGUGAGCCUCUUGGAAACUCUCCAGAAGAACAUAGAAGACCUCCAGAAAGAAAAAGAUCAGUUUCUGGAAGAGUCUUUCCAACAUGUUGUGGAACUGGAGAAGAUCGCCCUGAAUGAUGUUUCACUCUCCACUCAUGUCCACCUGGAUGUCCUGAUCGAGAAGAUGAAGGAGAAGGGAGACACAGAGAAGGUCAAGAAACUGGAGGAGAUGAAAAGUCAAAUGGAGGAAAAUCAAAGAGCCAAAUCAGCUCUGAGCUACAUGUCUGGUAAAGCCGCAGCAUUUGGUAACAAAGUGGGUAAAGCAGCUAGGGAUCUCUUCAGAGGAAACACAGCUGAGUAGAAAACAGGCUCUACACUUUGAUGAAAGGUAUUUCAUUAGACCAAGUGUGAUGCUGAAAUAAUGAUUUCAUAUUUGACGUGUCAUCACCUUUGUUUAAAUGUUUGAAUUCCUGCCCUUUGAGGUUUACUGUUCAUCACUUACUUCACGUUAUUAUGUUAUAUAUAAUUCAAUACUUUGGAAUAAGAAAAUGAUGCCUUUGAAUCUUUAGUUGACAGUUCUGCAGAAAGUCUUUGCAGCUCCUGAGGCUUUUGACUGAUUUCUAAACUAUGUUUGGAGUAAAAGACGAUGUGUAAUCAUUUGUUCUGAUGUUAUUGUGUAUUCUCCACAUAUGAGGAUGUUCGACCUGCAGCUCACUUUCUUCAGAUCACACUCAUCACAUGAACUGCAUCUAAAAGAGACGCAGCUUUCUGCUGGAAAGUAGAAACAAGGAAAAACUCCAUUUCUAGUUUUCUACGAGUUGCAUUUAUAACUUUUUAGAUGUUCAUCAUGAGUUGCUUUAUUUUGAGGCUUGAUUGUUGUCAGUCGAGUUCAUCUUUUUUCUUCAUCAUUGAAUCAUUUGUGCAUAAAAUGCUGAUGUUCGUGGUGUUUCUUUAACCAUGUAUGAUGAUGCUCACCUGGAAUGUGCUGUUUAUGAAACAGGUGUCAGUGACGACAGAGUUGAAAGAAACGUCUCCUGUUUUUAAGAUUUGCAUUCAGUUACUUUGCAUUUUUACCUUUUUAGAUAUUAAGCAUUUAUGGUUUUAUUUUGAGACUUGAGUUUCAGCAGUUUAGUUCAGAUUCUUCAUCAUUUAAUCAUUGUUAUCAUUUGUAAUCAUUUGUAACCAUAUAUCAGUGAAUCAAUAAA